AUGCUUGAUGCAAAAUAUGAAAAUUUAAAUAAAUAUGAUUUGAAAAUAUAUCAAAAUGACAUAAUAAAAAAAAAACAGAAGAAAAAUUAUUUAAGAAAUAUUUUAUUCUUUCCUUCUUUAUUUUGGUUUAAUGGUAAUUUUUCGUAUCCAUUACCUUUUUUAAAAUAUAAUGAAAUUCAUGGAUACAGAGUAAAAGAUUAUGUAACCUGUUCAGUACAUAAGCAUAGUAUCAUUAUCAGAAAAAUUUUGAAAAAUGAAAUAUUAAAUAUUAACAUGUUUAAUGAAAAAAAAGUUUUAUCAUGCCUAUUUUAUAUAAAUAUUGAUUAUAUAUUAAAAUUGUUAAAUAUACAUACAGAAUCAUAUUCUUUUUUGAAUGGAAAUAAAUCAUUGGAAAAUUCUGAUGAAAAUAUAAAUUACUACUUAUUUUGUUAUAACGAGAAAAAUGAAAUAUAUUUAUUAGAUGUUAAAAAAAAUAAUUCCAUUUUUAGUAUUUGUGAGAAAAAGCAGAUAACUUGUUUGAAUUUCAAUUUUCUUUAUAUAAAUGAAAAGAAUAGUUUAUAUAAUAAAUUAUCGAAUGAUAUAUAUGAAGAAAAUAUAAAAAUAGUUGAUUUUGAUAAUAUUGAUGAAAAGAUUGUUGCAAAGAAUAAAUACUGUUUUGAAUUAAUGAAAGAUAAAUUUACUGAUGAUUUAUAUGAACAAAAUUUUAGAAUUUUAAAAAAUAUUUUUUAUGUUUUAAUAUAUGGCGAUAAUGAAGGUAAUGUUUAUUUUUUUUUUCCUGAAAAAAAAAUUAAAAUAAAAAAAAAAUUAGCAAAUGAGAGAAUUCAAUUCAUUGAAACAAAUGUUAAAGAAUAUUUUAAGAUAAAAAAUAGACAUGAUUUAUUUCAAACAAUUAAUAACAACUAUUAUAUUUUUAUAGCUUUUAAUCAUUCUAUUCAUGUACUUAAUUUUUAUAUUUUUGAAACAUAUUUUAUUAUAAAUUUUGUGAAUGAAAAGUUAUUUUGUCUUACUACCAAAUUUAAUUAUUUAUGGAAAAAUUAUUUAUCUUUUUCUACUAAAAAUUAUGUAAAAGUAUUUGACAUUAAUGAAAAAAAAUUAUUACACAACAUUCAAAUAAAUAAUGUAAUUGAAAAAAAUAAUAUCCAUAAUAAAAGUUUAAAAGAUGAUAUAAUAAAUUAUGAUGAAAAUAAAAUAAAAAAUUUAAAUGUUAAUAAUUUCGAUGAGAAAAAUAUAGAGCAUAAUCAUAAUAAUAAUUAUGAUGAAGAUAAAAAUAGUAAUAUCUACAUUGAAAAAUAUGCAUAUGGGAAAAAGGAAAAAAAAAUCAAAAAUAAUAAUUCAUUGCAACAAGUAAAAAAUAUGGAUUUAAAGAAAAAAGAAAAAGAACUGAAUUAUUAUACUUGUAUAUAUUUCGAUUUAAAGGAUAAUUUAUUUAUAUCAAAUAAUAAAGGAUUAAUAAAUGUAUAUAAUCUAAGUAAACAAAAAGUAAUAAAUACAUUUGAUAUAAAUUGUAAAGUAAUAUUUUAUUUAUAUUCUUUUACCAUAAAGAAUAAUGAAUAUAUAUAUGUAUACGAUUCAGAAAAAUUUUAUUAUUUAUUUCUUAUAAAUAGUAAUCAAGUUAUUUACAAAAUUUUUACCAUUGGUGCAUGGAUAUACCAUAUCUUGUACUUUCAUAAUAAUAUAAUUUUUUCUUUAGGAAAUGAGAAUUUAUAUAAUUUAGUCAUAGAUAGCUCUAAAAGAAAUUUUUUAAAGUCAAUAUAUUAUAACAAUAUAAAUAUUUGUAUCUAUUUAAUUAAUCAUCCUAAUUUACCUAUUAUUGCAUUUAUUAAUAAAAAAUAUGUAUUUGGAUUUUUUUUCUUAAAUGAUACAAAAAAUGUAAUUAUUCCUUCAGUAAAAGAAAAUCAAAAUAUUGUAUCUAUUUGUUGGUUUAAUAGAAAUAAAAAUCAUUAUUUAUAUAGGAAUGAUACAACAGAUGAUUUUUCAAAUAAUGAAGAAACUUCUUAUGUAUAUUAUUCAAUAUAUUCAGAAAAUGAGAAUCAUGAAAUAUUACGAAACAAAAAAAAAAGGAGAAAAAAAAUAAUUAAUAAAUAUACAAAACACAAUAAUGAUUUUGAUACAUAUAUUGCUGUGUUAAAUGAAAACACAUUAUAUUUAUAUAAUAUUUUGAAUAAAGAAGUGAAAAACUUAAAUAAUGAUCUACUAAAAAGUUUAUAUAAUUUUAAAGGAAAAAAGUAUAUCAGUUCUACAUUUGUAAAUGAUCUAUGUUAUGUUUUCAUCCUAUAUGAAAAAAAAUUAAUAAUAUUUGAUGAAUUCUUGACUUUCUCUGAAUACAUUAUAAAAAUAGAGGAGAAAAUAAAUAAGAUGUAUUUAAAAGAAGAUAUCUUAUUUUUGCAUUCAAAUAGCAAUGUGUAUUUUAUAUUCAUAAAACAUAUUAUAGAUAAAUUUAUGAAAACGAAUUAUUAUCAGGAUAAAAAUAUAGAUAAAAAAGAUUCGAAUGAAAAUAAUACAUUAUACAGCCAUGAUUUAUAUUUUAUAAGAUUAAAAUUAGAACAUAAUUUAAAAAUAGUUCUUUUUGAUUUUUAUUACAUUGAUAAAGAGAUAUAUGUAGCUAUUUUUUCCAAAAAAAAACAAAUAUUUGUGUAUAAAAUAAAUUUAAUUAAUGACUGUGUAAAGCAAAUUUAUGAGAAUAAACAUUUAGAAAUAGAAGCUAAAUUAUUAUCUCAAUUUUUUAAUUUUUAUAUUUUUGAUCAUAUAAAUAAAGUAGGUAGUAUUUUAUGUAUGAAGUUUUUUUACAAUUAUAAAAAAAAGAAAAUUUAUUUAACUUUUGGGGGUUUGGAACAAUUUCUUUUUUUGUGGAAUUUUUUGAAGUAUUCUAUAAUUCAGAUAAAAUGA